AUGGACAAGGCGAGGAUUGGGGGUACCUUGAGGGAUGUGAUGUUGCAGGAGAAGCUGACCUCGCAACACAGGGGCGUCGCGGUGGCGGUGGCGCACGGGCUGUGCUCGGGCUCGCUGAACAUCCUGCUCAAGUUCCUGCUGGCCCGCUACCACUUCGCCUUCCUGACGCUGCUGCAGUGCCUCAGCAGCGCGGCGGCGGCGCUGGGGCUGGAGGCGCUGCGGCGGCGGGGGCUGGCGGCGCUGCCCCCCUUCGGGCCCCGCCUGGCGCGCCCCUUCGCCGCCGUGGCCGCCCUGGCCACGCUGCAGUCCACGCUCACCCUGUGGUCGCUGCGCGGCCUCAGCCUGCCCAUGUACGUCGUGUUCAAGCGCUGCCUGCCUCUCGUCACCCUCCUCACCGGCGCCCUGGUGCUCCGCGACGGCAUGCCCUCGCCCGGCGUGCUGGUCGCCGUGCUCAUCACCACCUGCGGAGCCGCGCUGGCCGGAGCUGGUGACCUGACCGGGGAUGCCAUGGGCUACGUGACGGGCGUGCUGGCCGUGCUGAUACACGCCGCCUACCUGGUGCUCAUUCAGAAGACCAGCGUAGACAGUGAAUACGGACCCCUGACGGCCCAGUACGCCAUCGCUGUCUCAGCCACCCCCUUUCUCAUUAUCUGUUCCUUUGCCAGCAUGGACUCCAUCAACGUCUGGUCGUUCCCUGGGUGGAAGGACCCUGCCAUGGUGUGCAUCUUCAUUGCUUGUGUCCUGAUUAGCUGUGCCAUGAACUUUACCACCCUCCACUGCACUUACAUCAACUCGGCCGUGACCACCAGCUUCGUCGGGGUGGUGAAGAGCAUAGCAACCAUCACGGUGGGCAUGGUGGCCUUCAACGACGUGGAGCCCACCAAGUUAUUUAUAGCCGGUGUUGUGGUCAACACCCUGGGCUCUGUCAUCUACUGCGUGGCCAAGUACAUUGAGACCAGGCGGCAGAGCACCUACGAGGACCUGGAGAAGGAAGCUAGAGCAGAAGAGGGAGCAAGGCAGGAUGGGGACCAGGCACUGUUUGCCAUGGAGGCGAUUUCCCAGGAGAAGGGGGCUGAGGAGGCGGCAGUGGAAGGGUCAGCCAAAGGGGACAGCCAGAGUGGAGGGGAGGAGAAGGACGGCGCUGAGGAGCCCACCGAGGCACCGGCGGUCCAGGGAAAAGCUGCUGGUGUACCAGAAGGGAACAGGAGCUCGCUGAAGGAUGCCUAUCUCGGAGUAUGGAGGUUGGUGAGGGGUGCUAAUUACAUCAAGAAGGAUUAUUUGAUAGAAAAUGAAGAGCUACAGAGCCCUUGAAAAGCAGGUUGGAAAACCCCACAAAACAUGUUGCUUGAGGACAGACAGCUGGUUCUCUGUACAAGGUACAGGGGGAGAGGCAGAGCAUACAUUUCCACAUCAGUGCUGACGAAUCAAUCCAAACCGUUUAGGAUAAUUUUACCUCAUUGUCAAAAAGCAAAAGGUCAGAGUUUGCUCAUGCUUUCGGCUUGCAUUGAACUGCUUCCAAUACAUCCGUUCAGACCCACCACAGCUGAAGGUACCGAGUCCUCUGCUGUGGAUACAGAGAGAGCUGGGUGAUGGCAAGCCGCGGGGCACUUGCCCAGGAGCUGUGGCCGUGAGGGAUGCCGGUGCCACCAGGUUAGAUGGCAGUGCCAGGAACACGGCGGUGGCCUGUAGCUUGAGGCUCUGUGACGUGCUGCUGUAUCUGUGUCCAUCCAAUUAUAGGUACGCUCCGUAAAUGUGUUCCUGCAAUAUAUAAGCUCCUGUUAACUGUAUUUUGUGUGCUCCUCUGUGUCGAUAUGAUUGCAACAGAGCUAGAGAUCAUGCCACUUUAAUUGCAUUGGUGUUCAGUCACCCUCUUAACUGAAGAACUGAAAUUCUCCCCGAUGCCGUGGCCAGGCUGGGCCUUGGACCUGCUUCACCUCGAGAGGUUUGUGUCUUCAGGAGAAACACUUUGUGUGGUUGUGUGCAGGAGAGCAGAGCCAGACCCGAACUUCUGAGAAGCUUUGGUCAGCAGCAGCAGGAUGUUCUCCUAUGAGCUUUAACUACAUGUAGCACUGGGAAUAGCUUGACCCAAAUAAAAUAGUUUGGAAACGUUGGAAAGAUUUGGCUUGGGAGGGCUAUUAACAAACAGUAGGGAGAAAGUGCGUGCCUUGGGCUAUCCCCUCCUUACACAUAGAGCCGGGAGGAUCCAGACUUGAAGCUGGGAGCAGGCUAUGGCAGGGCUGGGGAGAGCACUCCGGGGACCUGUAGGGGCACCCACGCCGGGGUCAGGGUGGUUUUGCUGUGCCCUGUCCGCGGCUGGGAUGUAGCAUGGUGUGGCUGCCCAGUCCCCUGGAGGAGAGCAGGCAGGUGGGGAGCAGCGGGGUGCCCGGCGGGCUGGGACUGCUCGGGGUGCCCAGCACCAGGGUGACUGCCUUGGGGUGGGGGGAAGCUGCAGCCCUUUGCCCAUUUGUCCCCUUGGGCUGCGAGGGGCAAAGCUGGCUCUCGAUCGUGGGUGCUCCUGGGGGAAGCUGGAACAUGAUCGCCAGGGGGUCCUGUAGGCAAUAUGCUCAUAUUUUGCACCAAAAACGUGCAACAGGAAAGGUGAGGGAAACAAACUUCUGGGUAUUUCUCAGCCUGUGAUGCCCCUUUGGGAGGCAGGAGGCCCAGAGCCAAGCCUUUGCUCAGGACCAGGCAGAGAAGAGGUUUGACCCCGAGUCUUCCUCUUCCCAGGAGCGCCCCAGCCAUCGGGCCAUCCUGACCACAGACUGAAACAAAUUGCUAGCAUUUCCUGAAGAAAAUGAACCAAGUUGUCGCUGUCGUUGUUAUGGGUGUUGUUGUUACUGUUGUUAUUAAUAUUAUUAUUAUUUAUUAAACCACUGAACCAUAAACCCGUUAUUCCCACAGCCCUAAUUAAGCAGUGCCUAGCCCGAUGCCUUCUUCAGCCAAACAGGCAGCGUUAGCCUCACGCUGCAAUCAGCACUGAAAUUGGAAACGAGCAAUUUCCCCAGCAGGGCAGAUUUGCAAGACUGAUCUCUAGGGAAGCUGUAGAUUCUUGCCAAUGUAAGUACAGACAGAAGAUGUUGGGAGCGUUUUUUGUAAACGAGUGCAGAAGUUGGGUGACCUGGUAUCACCCACGAGUUUGGUUAUAAAUGGUUGUAAAGGCAUCGAGGCGAAAAGCCUGUAGCUGCUGAGCCGUGGGGAUGGGGCAGGGAAGUCUGUGCAUCAUGUUGUGUGUACCUUGUGCUUAAGAAUGGAGAGAUGCUGGCUGUGCUGAAACGUGUUUACUUUCUGUUCAAGCCCCAAAAGGCAUCUUUUUUUCAAUAAAAACACUAUUUAUUGUUUAUGAGCUAAUGUAAUGGUUUUUUUUUUGUAAGUUUUUCAAAUACAUCCGAAAGAAGUUCGCGCCUGUAACUUGCAGUUGCCGUAUUACAAAACUCCUUACAAUAUCAAACUGCGUUGCAAUCCGUAUGGCGGGCUGAAGAGAAGCCCGCAUUUCUGCUCUGCCCGCGCUGAGCUCAGUGCUUCUGUCCACGAGAAAUGCGCAUCUCUGGGCCACCUGACUGCCGGUCCCGCUGUAGCAUACCCUGCGUGUUUGGCACACGAUACACAAGGCUCUCCACCGGGAUUCGUGUUGCAGGAGUUCCUCCUGGGGGAGUUACUGUUUUGCCGCUUGCUGUUGUGGAAGUAUCAGUAGAAACUUGCCGAAAUUCUGCCAGUUUUGACUGUCAAAAAAGCUGCUGUUACCACGUUGUACAUCUGCAUGUGUAGGAGAAAAUGUGAUCAUCUUGUAUUCUGUUUAUACCUUUAAAUUCCCCAAAUUAAAAUGGGAAUUUGGCAAAUGCAACUCACUUUUUUUUUGCAGUAAAAGAGACUGCCGCACAAUAAAGCAAAAAUAUUGCCUCGUGCUGAGGCAUUUUAAUAGCAUCAGCGGAAGACUGCAGAAUGAGAUGUGGGAAUAAAUGCACUGCUUUCCAAAA